AUGGAAAAUUUAAACAAAAACAAAAAUCGCAAUGAAGAAGAAAUAGCUUUGAGACAGAAAGGUGGGAAUCCGCCACAAAGAGACCGGAAAGGUCGGUUCAUCCGUGACACGGCUAUUGAGUCGCAGGAGCCCACGGCAGCGGUGUCCCCAAGAACAGUGUCCUCGUUAGGGAAUGGGGAACCAGAUGCAUUUACAAGGGCAGAGACCCGAAGAUCGCUCCCGGAUCUAAGAGUGCCUCUCACCCGUUGUGACGGGGAGCAAGGGUCCACAAUUUCAGCUCCUCCGUCAAAAACAAGAGAAAUGGUCGCUAGUCUGGGUGCCAAAGGGGUGGACAUAGAGUCUGACGCAGGGAGUCUUGUAUCUGCGUCAGCUUUUGACGACUCCGUCCUCCAACUCGGAGGCGAUCACGUAGAGUCGGACACGGCGAUGAGCUGUUACGAGUCUGUCAGUGAUGAUAGGCGUUUCUGGCGGAAACGUGGCCUCAGUGACUCGGGUUCUGACUCUGAGGAGGCCACUGAGAAUAAGAAGCAGUCCACGAGCCAAUCAAAGAGAGGUCGCGGUCGUCCUCCUUCCACUGGGCAUUACGUUGGACUUGCCAAAGCCAAAGAGGAGUAUAACCGCGCCAUGAGAGAGGAAAUGCGUUUGAGGGCAGAAGAAGAAGUGGCUGGCAUAAAGCUGCCCUUUUCUACUCGUAGUCAGUCGGGCGGCCUAAGUUCUAGUUCGGUCCUGCCCUGUGCACAAGACAAUCUUUCUGCGGCUGCGCUCUCUCAGCGAGUGCAGACAAGCCUGGAUGCAAUAUCCUUGGUUGCCAAAAACUCCGGCAAUUUGAAAGGCACCUUUGUAAAGGCCCUGAAGGAGGCGGCAGUGUCAAUCAAAGAGACAUUUGAGUGCCUUUUGGAGCGCUCUACUUCAGAGGAGACGAGGCGUCUGCAGGCGCAAAACGAUAGCCUGCGCGCUCAAUUGACUGAACUCAAGGCUGAAUUGGCCCAGCUGAGAGUAGAAUUUCGGGACCAAUUCAAGGUUCCAGUUCCGGUCUCGGCUCCGUUAAAACCAACGGAGAUUACACAGUCAACUAGCAGCUCUAGCAAGGAGGAUACAGGUACAGGGUCUCUCAAUUUGGAAAACAUGAUGUGUGUGAUGACCAAAAAGAUUGGGCUGAUGUUGGACGCGAGGCUGGGAGCCUUAGAGUUAGAGGGCAGGCUACUGCCAGCCCAACCGAUGCGGCCCCCGCUGGCUGCUGACUUGAGGCGUCAAAAUGAGAGGGUCACUUACCAUACCCAGGAGCUUGAACUCGCUCCCGAGCCGACUCCAAAACGAGGUCCUCCAAAUUUGACGGUAGAACCUAAGAAGGGGCAAAAGAAGAGAAAGAAUAAGAAUAAGGCCACCCUUGCAGCAGCUGAAGCCGCCGUGCCUCGCGCACGCUCAUCAUCUGUUCCUCGGUCUCUGCCUUCAGCCCCCUUGGCCAUGGAUAAAGCAUGGAAUAAGGCAGUUGGAGGGAAGAAAAAUAACAAGACGGUUAAUUCUCGCUCUGCUAUUCAAUCGCAGCAGGGGAAUGAUGUGCAAGUUCAACACCAGGGGCAGGCUCCACCACGGUCGCAAAGACAAGAGGCUCGCAAACUGCGACCGCCCCGAUCCUCUGCUGUGGUUUUGUCCUUACAACCGGAGGCUGAAGAGCAGGGAAUCAGUUAUAAGGAUGUGUUAGCUACAGCUAAAGCAAAAGUAGAUUUGGCGGAUCUAGAUAUACAGUCGAUCCGUUUUAAAGUUGCAGCUACAGGCGCCAGACUCCUGGAGAUACCGGGGGCCUCCAGUGGGCCUAAGGCGGACAAACUCGCUGAAAAACUUUGUCAGCUGUUCAAAUCCGAGAUGGUCAAGGUGUCACGGCCUACAAAAUGCGUGGAAUUGCGAGUAUCUGGCCUGGAUGACUCAGUGUCUGUGGAGGACAUCGCUGCGGCGAUUGCGCAGGCCGGCGGUUGUGCGGUCCAGGAGGUCAGAGUGGGAGAAAUUAAAUCGGACCCCUGGAGCCUAGGUUCUGCGUGGGUUCGUUGUCCAGUCGCUGCGGCCAAAAUAGUGGCUGGAAAGGAGAGACUGCUGGUGGGCUGGGUGUCGGCGCAAGUCAAGUUGCUGGAAGCGCGCGCCCAAAGAUGUUACCGGUGCUUGGAGUCGGGCCAUGUUAGGGCGCAGUGUCCUUCUGAAAUUGACAGGUCCGGUCUGUGCUACCGUUGUGGCCAGCCAGGUCACAAGGCGAGAGAUUGCUCGGCGACGCCACACUGCACUGUCUGUUCAGUGCUGGGAAAAGACGCGAAUCAUAGGACAGGAAGCAAGAGCUGUACUGCCCCACCCAAGAGACCGAAGACAAAGGCUGGCGAUGGCUCCCGGGCCUCCUCGCAGCCUGUCCGCUCGUCCACUUCGACUGUGGACGGGAGUCAGGGGGUUGCUGGUAUGGAUACAAAUUAA